CCAUGAAGCGACUGAAGGGAGGCUCAACCGGAGCACCAGAUGAACUCAGCAGAAAAAGAGCCCUGUCAAAAAAGCGGGCUGCUUUGCCCAAUUUAAGCUCACCCUGCUGCCAUUCCCCACCUGCCUCUCCACAAAACACAUCCCUCAGCAUCCACGUCUCUCAGACUCUCGCUCAAGGGCCAUCUGGCCUCGUCCUCGAUGCAUCUCGCCGUCCUGCUCCUGGCAGUGGUCGCGGGCAUCCUUGCCACGCAGGCCGCUGCACAGCAGCAGCCACUUCAGGUCGGCUAUCCGUCGCAGCCACUCGUCACCUGUGGCCUCACCCAGCUCCUCUGGUCUUCGAGCGUGGGCAAGACCAACGUGUCCAUCAUUGCCGCUGAUGACCACAGCCGCGUCUUCCACACUUUCCAGACUCAGCCUGACAAGACCUUCUCGAUAACCUGGGACCUCAUCACCGUGCCCGCGGGCCAAGAGGUCGAAGUGCAGGUCACCGACGAGCGCAGCACAGCCACAUCGCCGGUGCUCCGCGUCGGACAGUCGGACACGACAUCGUGCUUGUCCUCCGCCUCCUCUUCCUCUUCCCCCGAGAGCAGCAGCAGCAGCAGCGCCUCGUCAUCGGCUCCCACUUCGAGUAACAAGGGCAGCAGCAGCAGCAGCAGCAGCAGCGAUGGUCAAAGCCCCUCAACAACGAUGACGCAGGGCGCCUCAAGCGGCACCACAUCGGCCUCUGUGCCAGCGAGCGCGAUCUCUGGCUCAGGCGGCGCCACGGGCACGUCUGGCGUGGCACGACCCAUCGCCGCGAAUCUCAGCCUUCUCGCAGGAGCUCCGUUGCUACUCGGCGGACUCCUCCUCAUUAGCCUUCUAUGACAAUGACUUCUUGUCUAAUGCAAUACCAGCUCUCGGAUC